AUGGUUGUUGAAUUGAGGAAGCGCAAAGCGCACCAGCAGCCCGCCGUCGAGCAGCCUGCGCCGAAGAAGAAGGCCUCGUCGCAAAAGCUCAACAAGAGCGCCAAGGCAGCGCCCGCGAAAACAAAGAAGGCUGCCGACGAUUCGGACAAGGCCGCAGCUGAGCAGCCUGCGAAAUCAGCCAACGGUACCACUGACAAGGUGGAAGACGUGAAUGUCAAGGACGCCGUCCCUGCGCAACCCAAGACGUAUAGCGAGGGGGACGUCGUGGAUGACCUGGAGACCUUUGGCGGUGAGGUGCAGACACAUGAGAGCGAGACGACAACAUUGAAAGACCUGCUUGAUGCGAGCAAAAAGGCAGUGGUGCUGUUUACCUACCCAAAAGCGUCAACUCCAGGCUGCACCACGCAGGUCUGUCUCUUUCGUGAUGCACUCGAUGAGAUCAAAGCUCCUGGACUGUCCGUCUACGGCCUCAGCGCAGACUCGCCCAAGGCCAACACCACUUUCCACACCAAGAAGGAGCUGACCUAUCCCCUGCUUUGCGAUCAGAAGCGCACUCUGAUCAAGGCGAUUGGACUGGCCAAAGUCCCCAAUGGCACCGCAAGAGGCGUCUUUGUCAUUGACAAGGAGGGCAAGAUCUUAUUGUCCAGGUCGGGAGGACCAGCUGCGACGGUGGACGCUGUGAAAGCCUUGCUCGAGACCAUAGCUGGACUUCUUCCUGGAGCAAUCCUUAUCAUCUCCAAAUGGCAUCUCCCUGGCGAGACGCGGACCAGAAUCGCAAUCUUGUACACUUCAGCCGACACACGAGGCGCCUUCUCUGGGCUACUGGCUUAUGCUAUCGCCAAGAUGGACGGCGUCGCAGGGUUGCAUGGCCGGCGGUUGAUUUUCAUCCUCGAAGGCAUCAUGUCCGUCUUUGUCGCGUCCGUGUGCUUCUUCCUCCUUUGCGACUCGCCUGCUCUGUCUGGGAGCUGGCUCGACGCGGACAAGAUUCGCUAUCUCGAGUUUCGACAGGUUACCCGUCGCUCCACGAACGCUCGCGAGUUCAAGGAGAGCAACAAACACUUCAGCAAGGCCAUUUUUAAGGACAUAUUUGGCAACUACAAGAUCUACCUCUUGAUCUUUGCCAACUGGUCCAACGCGUUAUCCAACUACGCCAUGAAAAUCACCAUGCCAACCAUUUUAACCUCCAUGGGCUACACAUCGGCCCAUGCGCAGCUGAUGACAAUUCCGCCCUACGCCAUUUACUGA